AUGCGAUUUUUGGGAUUUAUUGUCAUCCUCGGGUUGGCGGGCAGUGUUCAAGCCGCCACCUCGGCGCAAUGCCCAGUUGGUAAGUUCUGAAGUUUUUCAAGGCACUAUGGCCAAUUUAAGCCCAAUCUGAGAUGUUAGUAUCAGUCUGUCGGGAAAAUAAUGAGCACAAUCUCACUGCGCCGAUCUCGUCGCUGAAGUGAAAAAAAAAUUUUCUCGGCAGCGAGGCGAUUUUUGUUGCGACAGAUUGCUCAUUAUUUUCCCGACAGACUAAUAUUAGCAUUUUUAUAAAUUGCAUGGACAUUUGUCGCGGUCCGCAACGUCCAUAAAAAGCACUCAUUUUCGCACCGUGCAUUUUGAUUUUUAUUGAUUUUUCGCACUGUGCGGCUAAAAAUAUUGCAGCGACAGAAACAAUUUUCAUGCUUGUCGGUCCAGGAAUUUGCACAGUGCAGACGGCUUUUUUUGAAGUUUGCACUGUGCGAAAAAGAUAAGAAUAAAAAUGCACUGUGCAUUGGCGACAAGCUUGGGAAAAAGUUCAAAAUGCACUGUGCGAAUGCGAAAAAAUGUCCAUGCACUUUAUGAAAAUGCUAAAGCCACAACUGGAAAAUUUUUUUGGCUUCCUUGCAUCUAAUGCGGUAUAUAAUAAAUCCAUUUUUAGUGGGGCUCAACAUCGGCACCGGAACGCCAGUCUGUGGCACGGGGCAGUACUACGACGCCGCAACGGGACUCUGCUGCUUCACCAAUACUGUGGGCGGAGGCUCGGCGCAAGGCACUGGAACAGCGCCCAAGUAUUGUGAAAGUAAGCGGGUUUCUCUGUUUCUACCAGUCGAAAAAAUAACGCACAAUGUCGCUGCGUCGAUCGCUAAAUUGAAAAGCAAUUUGAUUUUUUCGCAACACAAUUCAUUUUUUCGGCGGAGAUUUUGGAUGCGACAGAAUGCUCAUUAUUUUCUCGACAAGUGAUAUUCAUGAUGACAAUUGGAAUCUGUUAUAUUCACCACCUUUUUCAGUGGGCAUUCUGGUCAACGGUAUGACGAUUUGCCCCCAAACUCAUCCACUGGACCCGGCGACCGGCGAAUGUUGCGGCAGCACCCCAAUUAACGGAAAUGCCGGAGGCGGCCGUGGCAACCGUGGCGGCACAAAUGGUGGUGCAACCGGCGCCUGUCAAGACCAGUCCAUUUCGGGCCGCCCCAAUGACUGCCAAGCGAACGCGAACCUCUGCAACAACACCCUCUACUACGACCUGAUGACACAGCAAUGCCCCGUGACGUGCAACCGUUGCAGCCAGCUGCAACAGAACUCCAACGGCGGCAUUCCCGGCUGCAAGGACGGGGUGAACGCCAGCGGUGUGUCGGAGUGUCCGGAGAACAAGUUCAAGUGCGAGAUGCCGCUGUGGAAGGCGUUCAUGGAGAAGGAAUGUCCCGCCACUUGUGGUCGUUGCAACAACGGCACCAACAACAACGUGCAGCCAGUGAUUCCGCCGGUGGUGGCGAACGUCUCCUCCACUACUUUUGCGAGCACCACGACAGCUAAUGCGGGAUAA